AUGGCAAGCAGCCAACUUGUCCUGAUCGCUUCGUUGCUCCUUGCAGUAGCCUUUCCACUGAUAACCGCCUAUGGCAAAGCGCCAGCCAAGUCUACAGAGAAGACUUCCCAAGUGGUGGUUGAAGGCAUGGUCUACUGCCAGAGCUGUGAUAACUAUGGAUCAUGGUCUCUUUCAGGAGCUAAGCCCAUUGCAGCAGCUAAAGUUAGUAUUAUCUGCAAAAAUCACAUGAGAAGAGUGAGCUUCUAUAAGGCAUUUCAAACAGAUAAAAAUGGGUACCUAUUCGCACCGCUGGAAGGAUUCAAAAUGGGGAAUUCUUAUCUUGACCAUCCUCUACAUUCAUGCCGCGUAAAACUGGUUGACUCUCCUCUCAAAAACUGCGAUGUGUUCACUAAUGUCAACUAUGGAAUCACUGGUGCUCCACUCCGAUUUUUAGACAAAACACUGAGGCGAAGUAACUAUGAGGCUGUGAUUUAUGCUGCAGGCCCCUUCGCUUUCCGACCAGCUUACUGCCCACCUAAACCAGAAUAUUAAUUGAUUUCCACCAUGUACUUUUAUGUUUUGAUCUUUUUACUGGUUUUAUGCUUUCACCAGUCUUGGAGUAUAAUUUUCUCUGUAACCAUAUGCUGAAUUAUGCAACAUUCUUCACAUUGCAGCAA